UACAAGCCAGCGAGGAGAUUUCGCUGCCGGUGCGAGAGCAGGAGGAUUCAAAGCCGGGAUUCGUGUUGGGGGAGUAGAGAAUAAUGGAAGACAGUGAUGAUAAAGAUGCAAAGCUUGAUGAAGAAAUAGAAGCUGAGUUGGAUAAAAUCAGCAUUUCCUCCUUGGAAAAAGAAGAGACUGAAAGUGAUUCAAAGUCAGAAACCCAGAGUGAUGACAGUGAUAUUGGUGAAGAUAAAUUACCAGAGUCAGUUAUUCACUGUAUUAACACUAUAAAGAACAGGAGUAAAGCCGUUGAAGAGCUCAUUCUUCAGGAUUUAGAAGAUAAUGAUGUCUUAAGCACUAGUUAUGAAGCAGUUUCUAAUAAUCAUAUGCACUUAAGGAUAGGAUUAUUAACUGAAUGUAAAGAAAAUCCGGAGCAAUUAUUGAAGAUAUUAUCGGGACUAGAAAAAGAAGAUUUUAUUAGAAGUGAAACCCACUGUGCCAGCCGUGGUUCUCCUCCUGAGCUCAGUCCUCAUGAUUUGCCCAUUGAUGAAUAUGUUUUAUCAGAUGACGUGGAUAUAAACUUUGGAUACUUUGAAGUGGAAGAAAGAUGUAGGCAGUCUUUUGAAGCUUGGCAAAACAAACAGAAAGAGCUAGAAGACAAAGACAAAGAAACUCUCAAAGCACAGAGGGAUAGAGAAGAAAAGCAGUUUCAAGAAGAAGAAAAAAAGAGAGAUUACUGGAUGAAGCAAUUUGAAGUUGAAAAGCAAAAGAUAGAGAAUCUUCAAAAAGAAGAAGAAGACAAGAUGAAUGAUAAGCUCCACAAAGAAGAGGAAAUGUGGAAAGAGAAAUUUAAACAGCAUGAGGAAUUCAUUAAAAACUUGCAUUUACAAAUGGAAGAAGAAAGAACGAGAUUUAAAGACCUACAGAAAAAAGAAGAAAUACGUUUGUUAAAACUUCAGCAUAAUGCAGCUGUAAAAAUUCAAGCUAAAUACAAGGCAUUUGUAACCUACCAAAAAUAUGGCCCAAUCAUAAGAGAACAAAUAGAAACUAAGAAAAGGAAAGCACAAGAAUGGAUAGAAAAAGAAGCACAAAUACUACAGAAGGCAGAGGAAAAGCAAAAAAGAUUAGAGGAAGAACAAAGGAUAGCAGAGGAGAUAAAAAAGAAAAAGGAAGAGGAAAGGAAAAAGAGAGAGAGAGAAUAUGAAGAAAGAAAGAAUAUCUUGAGACAAGAAAGAGAGGAACUACUAAAAAAGGAAAAAUUAAAAUUAAAAGAAAAUACAAGUCAACAGCUAAUAGUAAGUAGUACAUUAAAGAAGGGAGAAUAUAAUACCAAACAUUUAAUAAUUGGCGAUAUAUCAAAGAAUAAGAAUGAUACAGUGAAAAUGUUAGUGAAUGAAAACUUAAAGAAGCAGGAAGAUGUUUCCCUAUGUUUAGUUGAGCAAUCAAAUAAGAGACAAAAUAUAUAUAGACAGGUUGUAUUGAAGGAAUCAGCACAAGUACAGUUAAAAUCAAACCAAACAAUUUUAGCAGAAUUAAAAAUAGAAGAAAAUAGUGAAAGCCUAGGAAAAAGACAAUGUUCUGGAAAAUCAGUUAAGCAAGAAAUAAGAAAUGAAAACAUAGACAAAAUAACUAAAUUGGAAAAUUCGGAUCUAAAAGAAAAUGUGACUGAACAAGAAUUAAAGUCUCAAAUACAAAAAGAGGAAGAUCUGGAACAUGCCAUAAGUGAGAUUGUCAGACAAGAAACUCAAAUAAUAUUAGAUCAUAAUCAAGAAAUGAAUGAGGUAAAAAAUGCAGCAGAGAAAAAAAUCAAAGAUAAUCAACAAAGAGUGAUACAAAAUGCAGAAAAUGAAGAGACAUCAGAAAAGAAUGGAUCAUUGAAUGAGGAGAACAAUAGGUCAGUUAUUUCAAAGAAACAAAAACUACUACCAAUAAAGUUAGAAAAUUCUGAAGCUGUUCUACAAGAAAAAGCAAUUGAUUUAAAAUCCAAAGGAAUUGAAGAAAACCCAAAAGAAAAUUCUCUAAAUAGUGACAUUGUGAUUUUUAAUUCCACUGAUGCCAUCACAAAUAUAGAAAGCAAAAUUAACAAACAGGACGUUGAUUUUGGUAGCCCUGCUCCUUAUGAAGACUUGGGUGUUUAUAAUGGAAUAAGUUCCUUGGUUAGUAAAGAAGUAAACUCUCUUAACUAUGAUCCUAAAGAAAUUCCUGAAGACUGCCAUGAAAAUAGGGCUAGAUGUGAGAGUAUCACAAUUUGUUCUAUACCAGAGUCAGCACUUUUAUCUUCUAUUGAAGAAAAGAGACUAGCUUGGAUAAAAUCAUUUAAACCUUGGCUUGAGAUUUCCACACAAAAUCAACAAAAGAAAAUUGUUAAAAGAACGAGACCUGCAAAAUGCCCAGUCAAUAGUAUGUCCCCUUUGAAUACAUUAGAAAUUCUUCGCUGUGGCCCUUGGAACAAUUUACAGCAGGUUACAACUGUUACAUUUCAAGAUUUGCCAGGUUGUAAUCUGUCCACUUUGGCUGAGUGUAUGAAUCUUCAGCUUCUAUCUCUUAGACGCUGUGGAUUAACUUCUUUGCACAGCUUGAGUAACUGCAAAAACCUGAAAUACAUCGAUGCACAGGAAAACCAUAUUGAAAGUAUCAAUUGUGAACAUUUGGAAAAUCUCUGUGUGGUUCUUCUCAAUAAAAAUCAACUGACUUCUCUUCAUGGUUUGGAUGGCUGUACUAAUAUCCAAAAUCUUGAGCUUUCACAUAAUAAAAUCACUCGAAUUGGUGGUUUAGAAUCUUUGAAAAAUCUUCAGCAACUAAUUGUGGACCACAAUCAAUUAAUUAGUACAAAAGGCCUUUGUGAUACACCUACCAUUAUAUACUUGGAUUGCUCUUAUAAUAAUCUUACUGAUAUUGAUGGCAUUGAAAAUUGCGGAUUGCUUCAAGUAUUGAAGUUACAGGGAAAUUAUCUAAGUAAGCUUCCAUCCUUGGGAAAUCAUGUUCUACUAAGAGAAUUGCACUUGGAUGAUAACAAUAUUUCAACUAUGGAAGCAUUUUCUUCAUAUUGGCUACCUUUACUACAAAAUCUUACUAUUUCUCAGAACAGUUUGACAAGAAUUGUACCACUUUUUCAUUUUAUUUCUUUGGAAAAACUAGAUGUCAGCAACAAUUGUCUUUCUGAUCGUGAAAGUGCCAUGAAAUGGUUUGAUGCAUGUUAUUCUCUCCGUGAAUUGUCUCUCACUGGGAACCCACUUCUUCAAGAAAUAAACUGGAGGCAUUCUCUACUUCAAAUGUUACCAGCUCUAAGAAUCCUCAAUGGCGAUAUGCUAAGCUCUUCCUCAGAAAUCCACACUGAGGAACACUCCCCUGAAGAGUCAGGACAGUUCCUAAUACUGUGUCAGGCCCAGAUUCGAGAAUUUCAGUUACUAGCUGAAAACAGUAUCACCAGAAAAGGGGAUGUUUUCACCUUGGAUACAGCAGAAAACUUCUAUCAUUAUUUUAAGAAACUGAUGACACUUAGUAAUGAAUACAGACAUGCACAUGAACGUGGGGAUGUACGUAUCACCAAGAGAGAUGAAUCCGACACUCAGCAAAAUCGUUUGGCCCCUCUGUAUCACAGCACAGUGAAAAAUGGGGGCUUCCGUUCUUGUGCAAAGGAACUUAAUUCUGACUCAUCAAAUAUUUCUGGGAAAUCGAUGGACUCUGGUUUUAGUCAUUCCCCAUUGAGCUACCCCUCUGUAUGUAAAGGUUUGGAAGAAAUAAAUCAGGAAAAAUUAGUAUUCCAGAAGAGAGAAGACAGUAAGACAUGCAGUAUUACCACCAAAAGUAUCCCAUUGGUGGAAACAACAAUGACAAAUUCUCUGCUGAGGAAUUGUCAAAAUAUCGACCACAGUGAAGAAAUGAUGGCAGCUCUGGUGAUCCAGGCAUACUGGCGUGGUUACGUUGUACGCAGACAGAUUAAUUUCUUUACAAGGAUACAUACUGUUACAACAGAACCCCUGCCAAAUUCCUUCAAUAAUCAGACUAUUCUAAUGAAAGAAAAAAGGAAAAAGAUUAUGAAUAUCGACAAACAGAAGGAGAAGGCUGCUGUUCUUAUUCAGGCAGUUUGGAAGGGAUUUAUUUUGCGAAAGAAACUGACAAUAGCCCUAGAAUCUAUGAAGAAUGAAGAAUCUGAAGAAGAAUAUGAAGAAAUAGAUUUAAAUGAUUUUACCUUCGAUGAAGCUGCCUUAGAGAGAGAAUGGCUAGCUUUAGAUUCUGUUCGCUUCCCUUCGCAAACACUGCUGCUCUCAAACCAGCUGCACCGGCCAAAGAUUUUUUUGGAAAAGGUCCCUGGAACCUUGAAAUAUGAUAAUACUUCACUUGACUUACCAAGCCAUCCAGCACAAGCAUGGCUAUAUAAUGAGAAAGAAAAUUUGUUUUCAUCAGAACACACACAGUUACAUAGCAGAUCAGAAAAUAGAACGUUAUCCUGGACACCUGAAUCAAAGAUCAGUAGAAAGAGUUUGCUAAAAUCUGAAAAAGAAGAAAAAAUCUCAGAAGAAUGGGGUUUUAAGGAUAUUUCUACUGCUCAGCAAAUGCUGAAGAGGGCACAGAAAAUGAAAUCAAAGACAUUAAAGAAAAAGUUAGAUCCUACUGUGCGUCUAGCGUUAUUCAAAAACAGUGAAAAUAAAGUUUCUCUUACAAAAUCACCAAAGAAGUCACGUCCCAUAAGAGAUGGUCACUCUGAAGGUAAGGAAGAUGACUUAAUCUACAAAGACACCUCUGCCAAUGAAAAAUUGGAACAGAGUACAGCAUAUACAUACGAGUGGCUUCACACACAGGUUGGGGUUCAUGAAACAACUAGUUCCAGAAAUAUGAAAAGCAAUCACUUCUUGCCUGAGUUAGAUCCAGAUGUACUUAAUGGUAGAAGAGUUCAACUUGUGGCAAGACAUGUAAGCAGAGAAGACACGGAUUUAGACCUUUUUUCCAUGACCAGUGGAAGUACUUUGUCUGUGAACAGAGAAAAAAAGAGUCAGGCACAUAGCAGACACUCAGCGGGAUCUUCAAUGAAUUAUGGGAUCACCAAAGUCGAAGGACAACAACCACUUCACACCGAACUGAACAGAGCAAUGGACAACUGCAACAGUCUCCGGAUGUCUCCCGGGAAAGGAAUGCCAGAGAAGGGAGAAAUGGAUGAACUUGGGGAUAAAUGUGACAGCAAUGUAUCCAGCAGUAAAAAGCGGAGACACCGAACCACCUUCACCAGUUUGCAGCUGGAAGAACUAGAAAAGGUCUUUCAGAAAACCCAUUAUCCCGACGUCUAUGUCAGAGAACAGCUUGCUCUGAGAACAGAGCUCACUGAGGCCAGGGUCCAGGUGUGGUUUCAAAAUCGAAGAGCCAAGUGGAGAAAAAGAGAACGUUAUGGCCAAAUACAACAAGCUAAAAGCCACUUUGCAGCCACCUAUGAUAUAUCAGUUUUGCCAAGGACUGACAGCUACCCACAGAUUCAGAACAAUUUGUGGGCAGGAAAUGCAAGUGGCGGUUCUGUGGUUACUUCAUGCAUGUUACCACGUGACACUUCCUCCUGUAUGACACCUUAUUCUCACUCACCUCGGACAGAUUCCAGUUACACAGGGUUUUCAAACCACCAGAAUCAGUUCAGCCACAUGCCCCUCAACAAUUUUUUCACUGACUCUCUUCUUACCGGGGCUACCAAUGGACAUGCAUUUGAAACAAAGCCAGAGUUUGAAAGGAGAUCUUCCAGUAUUGCAGUUCUUCGAAUGAAAGCCAAGGAGCACACCGCCAAUAUUUCAUGGGCCAUGUAACAUAUAAUACUCUUUUAUUUUUCUUUUAAUGGCAAAGUAAACCAUUCUUAUUUCUCAUAUUUAAAGGAUACCACAAUAAGCUGCUGUGUGUGGAAUUGCUAAAGGUCAAGAUAUACAGUGAGACCAGCUUAAAUGAAUAGUUGUUAUUAUUUAACAUUAAGAUCUAAGAAUGAACCUCUGAAAACACUAAAUAGGUUUACCAUGUCUUCACAAACUCUGUUUUAGUAGUAAGACUUUUUUUCCCUAUUGUACAAGUCGAUGAAAUAUGGUCAUGCAACUUCUUAAA